CUUCUGUCACAAGCAUUCCAAGUUUCCCUAUCAGCUUCCAUCACAUCGAUCUUUGAAUCAAUAUGCAUUUUCUCCAGAUCUUUGCUGCCUCCCUGGCAAUUGUUCCAACUGUAUUGUCACAGUUCUCCGGAUACUACAACAUCAGCUCCGCCUUACCCAUUACUACCAAGUACCUGACGUAUAAUGACGUUACCCAAAAGCUCGACAGUUCGGAGUAAUUCCACCCCUAUACACUCUUUAACCCCUCACACACUUACUAAUACAUAUGUCCAGCCGCAAUGAGCGUUUCCAGCAAUGGUACAUCACCAGUGAACCCUCGGGCUAUGCCUUCAUCGCCAACCGCUUCGUACCUCAACCUUUAGUCAUCACCGCAUCGACCGGAUCCAAUCCCAACACUGACUUGCAACAGGCCCAAGUCUUGAACUUUGAACCAAACGCCAUCUCGAGCCAGGCAUGGAAGAUCACGAGGCUUGCCGAUGGAUACUAUGAGAUUGAAAGCAUGAGGUAUCCCGGACUGGUGCUGGAUGUUAAGGGCUCCUCGUCGGCUAGUGGCGAAAAGGUUUUGGUUUACCCUAGGAACAAUCCGCAGACUCCGAAUCAGAAGUGGCGUUUGUCGAAGCCAACUAUUGACACGCUGGCCAAUUAUGGGUGGUGAGCAAUGACAACUAGGGGAGUGGGGGGCGUUGAGGUAAUGGGCCAUCGUCUAUCGAUGCUACGGGCCG